AUGAUGAACGUGGAUGGUGGUGAACCAGACUGGCAAUCAGGGGCCGCCUCCGCUUACCGUUUCCAGCCGCGGCUCCCACAUUCGACCGCAGGGGCUCAUCUCAACCGGCUGUUGGUGCCGGAUACAACCGAGCAGAAUAUCCGUGCGUGUACGGCUCGUCGGGACUGCUGUGCAUCACCGAGCAGAAUAUCCGUGCGUGUACGGCUCGUCGUGAGUGCUGUGCAUCACCGAGCAGAAUAUCCGUGCGUGUACGGCUCGUCAGGGAGUGCUGUGCAUCACCGAGCAGAAUAUCCGUGCGUGUACGGCUCGUCGGGAGUGCUGUGCAUCACCGAGCAGAAUAUCCGUGCGUGUACGGCGCGUCGGGAGUGCUGUGCAUCACCGAGCAGAAUAUCCGUGCUAACAAGAUGCCUGGGCCGUGCUACGCUCGUCAGAUGGCAACAGCAGCUGGUGGCUGCAAGCAGGUUCUGUGGAGGCGAUUCUCUUCCUGUCAACCCUAUCAUUAUUCCACCAGCUGCGUCAGGUGGUGCAAACGGCGCACCAACUGCGCUAGGUGGUGCAAACGGCGCACUAACUGCGUCAGGUGGUGCAAACGGCGCACCAACUGCGCCAGGUAGUGGCAGUGGCUCACCAACUGCCACUGAUGGCCUCAUCUCUCAGUCGUUCAACCCAUCAACUCAUCCAUACCUCCUACAGAAAAUAACCUACCCGUACUACACGACGUCUUCCUUCCCCUACUACAAAUACUUUUUCGUCAAUACCCCACAAUACUCCACUAAAGUUACGGCGCCCUCAACCCAGUACCCCAGCAACCAAGCCUUCCAGAACCGCCCCACAGGCGCACACUCGUUCCUGGCUGGUCACCCGGACUGGUGCAGUCACCUGGGCUGGUACAGUCACCUGGAACCUGGACUAUUUCAGUCGUCUGGGUUGGUGCAGUCGCCUGGGCUGGUGCAGUCACCUGGACUUUUCCAGUCGUCUGGGUUGGUACAGUCACCUGGACUGUUGCAGUCGUCUGGGUUGGUGCAGAAGCCUUGGCUGGUGCAAUACUACCCCACGCAGAAGCCAUAUGACAAUAAGUAUUACUACCAGCCUCUGGUCCCGCAUUAUCAAGCUGCUUCUUCCUCUGUCUCGGAAAUACAACAACCAAUAACGCACGACCAGACGUUCCGGGACCCGAGCCUCAGGUACGAGCAGACCGAAGAGUACCGACGUCUGCAGCAGGCGGUACAGCAGGCGACCAGCCAGCCUGCAGCUCUGCAGGAGUUUGCCAGCAGAACUCAGUCUUUGGGAAUUGGUCGUCCGAGUUCUAAAACCAAACGGGCAGCGGACCCGUUCACCGACGACCAGAUUGCGGCGGAAGCGAAGUUCCGGCGCUGGGAGACGUCCGCUGAGGCGGAAAAGUACGCACGCGAGAGGCACCUUUUGGCCGCGACCGCCAGCGCGGCUGAGAAGCUGGGCAACAUGACCUGUGUCUUGAAGGCAAUGCAGAUGUUAACGGACGACCUGGAGCCGAACCACGCUUUCAUCACCUCCUCCUUGGUGGAACUCCCCGUCAGCAACGACCUCUUCGAGGACCUCAAGGAAAGCCAGGUCUACUGCAGGAAAUUUUCCAAGUGUCUUCCCGAGAGGAAAAAGAUCAACAGUAUUGAGAUGGGCCUCAAUCUCAGCUCUGCUUUUGAAUUCUUCAAAUGUUUCGGCAAAGAAAAAGUGCGUGCGUGUCUGAAGGCAGACAGCGUCGCUAUGGCAGAGAUGCUCAACAGAAGCACAGCCCAGCACGUUGACACAGGCAACUUUAUUCUACGUAAGUCGAAGCUUGACCAGACUUUGCAGGACGUUUCCCAGCUGCUGAACGGUGUUGACAGUUCCUUUGUAGACUUGGUACUUCUCUAGAAAAAUGUUAUCGCUGCCACGUAAGCCGGAGAAAAUUGUAAUGAUUGUUCUUGCGAUAACUACCAACGUUGCCUUGAACGCGAAUACAUCCGACGUCCAGUUUACGCUGCCACGUUACCUGGAUGAUUGUUCUUGCGUACAAUUGUAAUGAUUGUUCUUGCAAUGAUUACCGACGCGAAUAGUGGAGUCACUACAAUAAUAUUUUAAUUGAAGUUCCCAGGGAUUGUUUCUAAGUUUUAUU